AGAUUGGGGAAACAGGGGAGGGAGAGAGGGGAGCUGGAGUCACAUGGCCCUUUGUUCUUGUCUCUCUUCUCUCAUGCUCACUCACUCUCUCUCUCUUUCUCUCUCUCUCUCUAACUAGAGCUGGGGACCUUCUCCUCUAUUGCCACACCUCCAUGAUCACCUUCCCAGACUGAACCUAACCUCAAGAGAUCAUCAUCAAAUGAGUCAAAAAGAUGCCUCCCUCCCACCCAUCCAUGGCCGACGAUAAGGUUAUGAGAUGGGUUGAUUUUGGGUUGUCUGAGCUGCACUGUGAACUCUUGACAGGACAAUGAAUCAGUCCUUGCUGGUCUUAAUCUGAACAGAAAAAGGGGAUUGCUCUGUGAACUUGUUCUUGGUGAUUGCCAUUGAUGCUACAGGCAAUCCUUGGAUUCUGCUCGCUGAUAGUUAGCUCUCUCCUAGUUUUAGUGAUUGCUUACUGACUGAGGUUCAAUAACAAACAAAGCGGAUCAGCGGUCGGCUCUUCUGCAUAGGAAAUUUGACGCGGGACGAGUUGCCUUGCAGCAAAUGGCAUCCACUGUUGUCGAUCGGAACAAUCCAGUUGCUGGUCAUAUCAUAUCCACAACUAUUGGAGGGAAAGAUGGAGAGCAUAAACAGACUGUUAGUUACAUGGCAGAGCGUGUUGUGGGGACUGGGUCUUUCGGAAUUGUUUUCCAGGCUCGAUGCUUGGAGACUGGGGAGACUGUGGCCAUUAAAAAGGUUCUGCAGGAUAAGCGAUUCAAGAACCGUGAGCUGCAGUUGAUGCGUUUAAUGGACCACCCGAAUGUUAUUUCCCUGAAGCACUGUUUCUUUUCUACCACCACAAAAAAUGAACUGUUUCUCAAUUUGGUCAUGGACUAUGUCCCGGAAAGCCUGCAUAAGGUCUUGAAGCACUACAGCGAUGCAAGGCAGGCGAUUCCGCUCAUAUAUGUCAAACUUUACAUGUACCAGAUCUUUAAGGGCUUGGCUUAUAUCCACAAUGUUCACAGAGUCACCCAUAGAGAUCUAAAGCCUCAAAACAUUCUGGUACGCCCGUUCUCUAUCUGUAUGCUUUUUGAAGCAGGAUUCGAAAUAGUAGCCUUUCCCAUCAAUUGCUCGUCUUUCUUGCAGGUUGAUCCUCUUACGCACCAGGUUAAGCUUUGUGAUUUUGGAAGUGCAAAAGUGCUAGUUGCUGGUGAAGCAAACAUAUCAUAUAUAUGCUCCCGAUUCUAUCGAGCACCGGAACUUAUAUUUGGGGCUACUGCAUAUACGACUUCCAUUGAUAUUUGGUCAGCAGGUUGUGUUCUUGCUGAGCUUCUUUUAGGCCAGCCUCUAUUCCCUGGGGAGAGUGCCGUGGACCAGCUCGUAGAGAUUAUCAAGGUUCUUGGUACUCCAACUCGGGAAGAAAUUCGAUGUAUGAACCCAGAGUAUACAGAUUUUCAGUUCCCUCAGAUAAAGGCCCACCCUUGGCACAAGGUUUUUCACAAAAGGAUGCCCCCAGAAGCAAUUGAUCUUGCUUCAAGACUGCUGCAAUACUCUCCCAAUCUCCGUUGCACUGCUCUAGAGGCGUUGGCUCAUUCUUUUUUCGACGAGCUUCGGCAGCCCAAUGUCCAGUUACCAAAUGGUCGAUCUUUACCUCCGCUCUUCAACUUCAAAGAAGAAUUAUCCGUGGCUUCACCGGAGCUUGUUAAGCGGGUGAUACCUGAUCACAUGAAGUGGCUAUUUGGCCUAAACUUUGCGGGCACAUGAACUAUGUUAUUUCACGCACACAUUUGAGCAUCAUUAUAUCACUUAGAAUGGCAUUGCAGAUCUGAAGCCUAUCUCGGGCUUUUAGGUGAUUGAUGAAGUUGAAGCACAAGCGCCCGCUUAAUACUUGAAAUAUAAAUAAUCUUGUUACCCGCGGCUCCUUAGUGGCUACGCUUCUAGAUGCAUCUGUACCAUUCUGUUCGAUUCCAUAGUACCUGCACAUAUUUACUUCGAGUCCCGAGUUUGUACUGAGGCUGAGAAAGGAAUGCAAAGUAUACCAAUGUAUAGUUCGAGUUCGAAGCAUAUUGUACAUCAAGUUUCUUGUUGCUUUUCCUAUUUGGUCUGAUUCAAGCUUUUCUAGACAUGUAGUUUCUAAAUUCAGAAGGCUGGCAAUUUCUUUUUUCCA